AUGUCCACUCAACCCCCAAAGCACGAAAUGGUCUACUUUGACGGCCUGACCUCCAAAGUACGCAGUUUUGGCCAAUUCAGAAAGGUCAUCCACACGGGACUUUACUCGCAGCUCGUCACCAUGGAGAUCCCCGUCGGAGGAGACAUCGGCAACGAAGUGCAUUUGGUGGAUCAAGUGUUGAUUUUCACUUCGGGAGAGGGUAAAGCUGUUGUGGCUGGCAAGGAGCAGAACGUCAAAGCCAGCGACGUCGUUGUCGUUCCGGCAGGCACCGAACACCAAUUCUACAACACGAGCAAGGACCAACCGUUGGAGCUGGUCACCGUGUACAGUCCCGCCGAGCACGACCCCAGAACAGUGCACAAGACAAAGGAAGAGGGCGAUGAAGAGGAGGAUGCAGGCAAAGAUGAGGCACCCGAGUGGAGCCAGCAGAGCAAGGAUACCAACGAGAAGAAGGGUCUUGCCAAGGAGGAGGGUGGCCCCUAUGAGAACGGUGAUGAUGGAAGACAUGGCCGCAAGGUCGAGUAA